AUGAAAAAUACAGCUUUCAAAGUAUUUCAUAGAGGAAAAUAUUUUAUAUCAAUCAAACGAGGCUUUGAAGAAGCUAAAAAAGAUAUAACGAUAACAGUUGAAAAACUUUUUGAAAACGAUUCGUUGAGGCUUAUCUUAUCGGACGAAGAAGAUUCAACAUUUCUAUACAGAAUUUUAUUAACGAGAUGCGACUACGAAGAACUGAAGAAACAACAAGGACUUCUUAUAGACUUCGACAAUUUUCCGUCACAAGUAGUUAGAUUAUUGCAACAAUGUGCUUCAAAUAGCAUGUUCCUGAUCCUUCAACUUGUAACACCAAUUCUCUACAACUUUGAAGUUGUAGAACACAAUGAAUUUAAAAGACUUGUUCAUUUAUCACUUAAAACUCAACCGGCAAAUGAUACUGAGCUCAAGCAACACAUGGCUGAUACAAUUGUGGAAUUAAAAAAAACACUAAUGACACUAAAAAGUUCAUCAUCAAGCAAUGAAAUGAUGUGGAGUGAAAAAUGUGCAAAAUUAGAAACAAAACUUCAUGAUUUAACUUUAAACUUAUCUAAAAUUGAAGAAGAAAAGUUGAGGCAUGAAAUAGAGUAUAAAGAAAACUUAAAAUUAGAAAGAGACAGGCUCAUGCAAGAGAAAAUUCAAUGGCAGAAACAAAAUGAGGCGCACACAAAUAACUUACUGACUGCAUCCCAAGACAAUUUAAAUAGAAAAGACAAACAUAUAGAAGAACAAAACCACAAAAUAAAACAAUUAAGGGACAAAGUAUCACAAAUUGAAAAUCAAUUAAGUGAAAAGAUAAACAGGACCAAUUAUCUAGAAAAGGAAUUACAAAGAAUUCACAUUGAAGUUUCCACAUUGAAUGCUAGAAAUUCAACUCUGGAGAGAGACAUCAUUGACAAAGAAAAACUUAUCAAUCAGAUGAAUUCAAAUUGUACAUAUUUAGAAAAGACAGUCAAAGACAAUUCAAAUGUCAUAAAAGAAUUAAAUGAAACUAUUCAAUCAUUGAAAAAUGAAAAGAGUAAUCUUGAGAGGAGACUAAGCCUUAGUGAAUCAUUAGCAAAUAAAAACACAGAAGCAGCUCAAUCCACUACAGAACAAUUACUUAAAGCCAAUCAAAUUAUCACCAAACAAAAUAAUGAUCUUCUUGAAAUUAAAGAUAAGCUUCUAUGCAGAACAGCAAUCGCAUUGGAACAGGAAAAAGUAAUAGAAGGCAACAUUAAAGAAAUUGAGGAACUUAAAAUAAAAAUAAAAUCUAGCUCAGAGGAAAUAGAAAAAAUUAAAAGUGAACUUGAUGCGUUUAGAGAAAAGUAUAAUAAAAAUGAGGAAGCAUUAAAAGAUCGAGAUGAAACUAUAAAAAAUAACAAUAUGGUGAUCCAAUGGCUUCAUAAGAAACUAGAAGGCAAUGGAAUGGCAAGAAAUGAUCAUCCUCAUAAGAGCAACUCAGAUUUUCAAUCUGCAACAUCAACACCUUAUUUUUUACAAAAAAAUGUACAGAACUGUUCCCAAGAAACAGAUGAAUCAAUUAACUUUUAUGCUACAUCUAAAUUAUCUAGUGUGGAAGAAAGCCCUAAACCUUCACCCGCAAACAAAAAAGGCUUGGAUCCAAAAUAUUUAAAACCAGCUACUGAAGGCAAUAGAAUACAAAAAAAGGAUUGUUUAAGAGAGGCUGCUAAUGCUCAGAGUAAAUCUGGAAAAGAAAACAAACAUGUCGAUUUACCGAAGGUUGAUUUUAGAGAAAAAAAGUCUUCAAGACCAACGACGUAUCGAGCUACGCCAGUUUCUGCAUAUUUUCCCUAA